GAAUUUAGCCCAUUCCCGUUUCCCUUCUCCCAGCUUCUCACUCUCGUCUUGCGCCCCCUCGUCCCCAUCCCUUCGCCCUCCGCUUCAAAACCCUAAUCUCCAUGAAACCCUACAUCUCCGUAUCUUCAACCUUCUGAAGCCCUCGGUCUCCCUCCCCUCAUCGGCCCCUUCUCCCUCGCGCCUUCGAUGUCGGUCCAAUCCCCUGAAUUCAAGUAUAUCACCGAGGAAUGCCUCCAGGAAUGGAAGGCCUCCAACGCCGCCUUCAAGAUCCCUGAUCCGGUCCCCAUAACGCGGUUCCUCUACGAGCUUUGCUGGGCCAUGGUUCGUGGGGACUUGCCGUUCCAGAAGUGCAGGGUGGCGCUGGACUCGGUGGUGUUCGUGGAGGAGCAGCAGAGGGAGGAUAUGGCGACCAUCCUCGCCGAUAUCAUCGCCCACAUGGGGCAAGAUCCUACGAUGCCUGGAGAUUGUCGUGCUCGUCUUAUCAAAAUUGCAAAAUGGCUUGUCGAGUCAUCAUUUGUUCCAUCUAGGAUUCUGCAAGAGCGCUGCGAGGAAGAAUUUCUGUGGGAUUCUGAAUUGAUUAAAAUAAAGGCUCAAGAUUUGAAGGCCAAAGAGGUUAGAGUAAACACCCGCCUUCUUUAUCAGCAAACAAAAUUCAAUCUUCUACGAGAGGAGAGUGAGGGCUAUGCCAAAUUGGUGACACUUCUUUGUCAGGGUGGCUUAGAUUCAAUGACUGAGAAGACAUCAACAGUGACAAUUAGCAGAAUUAAGUCAUUAAUUGGGCACUUUGAUCUGGACCCAAAUCGUGUUUUUGAUAUUGUGUUGGAGUGUUUUGAACUUUAUCCUGAGGAUAGUAUCUUUUAUAACCUCAUUCCUAUAUUUCCAAAGUCACAUGCUGCUCAGAUUUUGGGGUUCAAGUUCCAGUAUUAUCAACAUAUGGAAGUCAACACCCCUGUUCCACUGAGUCUUUAUCGGCUUGCAGCUUUGCUGGUGAAAGCAAACUUUAUUGAUCUUGAUAAUAUAUAUGCACACUUACUUCCAAAGGAUGAUGAGGCAUUUGAGCACUAUGAUGCAUUUAUUUCAAAACGGUUUGAUGAGGUCAACAAAAUUGGCAAAAUAAAUCUUGCUGCUACAGGAAAAGACCUUAUGGAUGAUGAGAAGCAAGAUGUGACUAUUGAUCUGUUUACUGCUUUGGACAUGGAUAGUGAUGCAGUUACAGAACGAGCGCCUGAGGUUGAAAAUAAUCAGAAACUUGGUUUGCUUAUUGGGUUCCUUUCUGUUGAUGACUGGUACCAUGCCCAGGUACUCUUUGAUCGUUUGUCCCAUCUAAACCCUGUGGAGCAUACUCGAAUUUGCAACGGCCUAUUUAGGGUCAUCGAGCAGACAAUGUCUGAGGCCUAUGCUGUUGUUUAUCAAAAACAUCUUGAAAUCAUUGGUACUGCUGGUCCUGAUGUCAUGGAAUCAACAGCUGGAUCUUCCAUCCAGAAUUCUUCUAUCGAUCUCCCUCGAGAAUUUUUUCAGAUGCUUUCUGCUGCUGGACCAUAUCUUCAUCGUGAUACCAUACUGCUUCAAAAGGUAUGCAGAGUGUUGAGAGCAUACUACCUGUCCGCCCAAGAGUUAGCUGGCCCUCGAGCUAAAGAAGCUAAGCUUAGGGUUGAAGAAGCACUUGGAAAAUGUGUGCUUCCAUCAUUGCAAUUAAUUCCUGCAAAUCCUGCAGUUGGGCAGGUGGUAUGGGAUGUCCUUUCUCUGCUCCCCUAUGAGGACCGAUACCGCCUGUAUGGUGAGUGGGAAAAGGAUGAUGAAAGAAUCCCCAUGGUUGUGGCUGCAAGGCAGAUUGCAAAGUUGGACACUAGAAGAAUAUUAAAAAGGCUUGCGAAGGAAAAUUUGAAGCAGCUGGGUCGCAUGGUUGCCAAACUUGCUCAUGCUAAUCCUAUGACUGUACUUCGCACGAUUGUUCACCAGAUUGAGGCAUACAGGGAUAUGAUAAUACCAGUUGUAGAUGCUUUCAAGUACUUGAGACAGCUGGAGUAUGAUGUGUUAGAAUAUGUUGUAAUCGAACGUCUAGCACAAGGAGGACGUGAGAAGCUCAAAGAUGAUGGCCUGAAUUUAUCAGAUUGGCUUCAGUCUCUUGCAUCCUUUUGGGGCCAUCUUUGCAAGAAAUACCCAUCGAUGGAGCUGAGGGGCCUUUUUCAGUAUCUUGUUAAUCAAUUGAAGAAGGGCUCAGGCAUUGAGCUUGUUCUUUUGCAGGAGCUUAUUCAACAAAUGGCAAAUGUUCAGUACACUGAGAACAUGACUGAGGAACAACUUGAUGCUACGGCAGGAAGUGAAACAUUGAGAUACCAAGCUACUCUCUUUGGAAUGACUAGGAACAAUAAGGCAUUGAGCAAGUCUACCAACAGACUCAGGGACUCUUUACUUCCAAAGGAAGAGCCUAAGCUUGCUAUUCCUCUUUUAUUACUUAUAGCUCAACAUCGCUCCAUGGUCAUCAUAAAUGCCGAAGCACCACACAUCAAAAUGGUUAGCGAGCAGUUUGACAGGUGCCAUGGCACGCUUCUUCAAUAUGUUGAGUUUCUCUUGAGUGCUGUAGCUCCGUCUACAACUUAUGCUCAGCUGAUUCCUUCUCUAGAUGAUCUUGUUCACAAGUACCAUCUUGAUCCAGAGGUGGCAUUUCUGGUAUAUCGCCCUGUGAUGAGGCUCUUCAAAGGCGUAAGUGGAGCUGAAAUAUGCUGGCCUCUUGAUAUAACUGAAGAUUCAAAUAUUCAAAGUGCAAAUAAUGAAGCAGAACCCACAACUUUAUCUAGUGAUGUUGUUCUGGAUCUUGGUUCACCAUGGAAGCCUGUCAAGUGGUCAGACCUUCUUGACACAGUCUGGUCAAUGCUGCCUCCGAAAGCUUGGAAUAGCCUCUCUCCUGAUCUGUAUGCUACAUUUUGGGGGCUUACACUCUACGAUCUUUAUGUUCCUAGACACCGUUAUGAAUCAGAGAUUGCCAAGCAGCAUGCUGCUAUUAAAGGCUUAGAAGAACUUUCUGACAACUCCAGUAUAGCUAUCACAAAGCGCAAAAAAGACAAGGAAAGGAUCCAAGAGUUACUUGAUAGAUUGAUUAGUGAAUUUCAGGAGCAUGAACAGCAUGUUGCAUCUGUGCAUCAAAGGCUCAGUCAUGAGAAGGAUAAGUGGCUGAGUUCCUGCCCAGACACUCUAAAAAUAAACAUGGAGUUUCUUCAACGGUGUAUCUUCCCACGCUGCAUCUUCAGCAUGCAGGAUGCUGUGUAUUGCGCUAUGUUUGUGCAUACACUACAUUCGCUUGGCACACCAUUUUUUAACACGGUCAACCAUAUCGAUGUUCUUAUCUGUAAAACCCUACAGCCGAUGAUUUGUUGCUGCACCGAAUUUGAAGCCGGCAGACUUGGAAGGUUUUUAUAUGAGACACUAAAGAUGGCUUACCAUUGGAAGAGUGAUGAGACCAUAUAUGAACGUGAAUGUGGAAACAUGCCAGGGUUUGCUGUUUAUUACAGAUAUCCGAACAGUCAGCGAGUAACUUAUAGCCAAUUUAUUAGAGUACACUGGAAAUGGAGUGGAAGAAUAACCAGAUUGCUUGUACAGUGCUUGGAAUCUACUGAAUACAUGGAAAUACGAAAUGCUCUGAUUGUGUUGACAAAAAUAUCUAGUGUUUUCCCUGUUACUCGAAAGAGUGGAAUUAAUCUUGAAAAGCGGGUAGCUAAAAUUAAAGGGGAUGAGAGGGAAGAUUUGAAAGUCUUGGCUACUGGUGUAGCUGCCGCUUUGGCUGCUCGCAAGAGCUCAUGGGUUUCUGAAGAAGAGUUUGGUAUGGGUCAUAUUGAUCUAAAGCCUGCAGCAUCACCAGCAAAAUCACUUGCUGGUAACCAGGGCAAUGCAUCAAAUGGUUCUGCUCUUAGUAUUUCUCAUAAUGAGAUGACUGGGAUGAGGAAUGCCACUACAGGGAAUCAGCUAGCAGAUCCUUUGAAUACAGCUAAAGACCAGGUGGCACGUGCAAAAUCUACAGAUGGCAGGUUAGAUCGAUCGGAAAGUGGCAUGCUUUUGAAAUCUGAUUCAGCACAACAGAAACCAAGGAGUGGCUCUUCCACAAAUGGGCCUGAUAGUCAAACACUCUCUUCUUCUUUGCCGCCUAAGCCUUCUGCAAUUGUGAAAAAUCCAGAUGAACUUGCAAAAGUUUCACCAGAGGAAACGGCUGCAAAAGUUACUUCAAAGGGUGCUGUGGAAUCUGAGACAAGACCCCAGCAAAAACGUGCAGCGCAGAAUUCUCUUGGUAGGCUACCAAGACAGGAGGCGGUCAAAGAAGAUGCUAAAUCUGGAAAAUCAAUCAGCAGAGCAGCCAAUCAACAAUCUUCUGCCACUGCUGACAAGGAUCUUUCAGCUCAUCAAUCAGAGAGUAGGCAGCUUGGUAGUGCUAUUAAUUCUUCCUCCACCUCCAAUGGUAACUUAAUUUCAGCCUCAGGAAAAGUAGCAAUUUCCUCCUCAAAAAUGAAUGAUGUGCAUGCUAGUUUAUCAAAGAUGGACAGUGGAAGUAUCAAAUCCUUGGAUGACAAUACAGAAGUUUCUGAUGCUUUCCCUAAGCAGCAAAAGAGAACUGUUCCAACAGAAGAACAAGAUAGAUUGAAUAAACGUAGGAGAGGAGAGACUGAAGGAAAGGACGGUGAGGCUAUGGAAGUUCGGAUGUCUGAUAAAGAGAGAACUUUUGACCCCAGAUCAGUGGAUAAAUCUUACUUUUCAGAUCAUGACAGGCCUACAAUCGACGAACAAAAUCUGAGCAGGCCUAUGGAUAAGCUUUCUGAUAAAUCCAAAGAAAAAACUAUUGAAAGAUAUGACAAGGACCACAGGGAAAAAUUGGAUCGGCCUGAAAAGAGCCGUGGUGAGGACAUUCUUGAGAAAUCAAGAGAUAGAUCGAUUGAAAGACACGGAAGAGAACAUUCUGUUGAAAGAGUGCAGGAGAGAGUAGCAGAUAGGACCAUAGAUAGGUCAGUUGAUAAAUCUAGAGAUGACAGAAGCAAAGAUGACAGGAAUAAACCACGACACAAUGAAGUUGCUGUAGAUAAGGUGCAUCCUGAUGAGCGUUUUCAUGGGCAAGGUUUGCCACCACCACCUCCACUGCCUCCAAGUUUUGUUCCCCAGUCUGUUGGUGGUAGCCGAAGAGAUGAAGAGCCUGAUAGAAGGGUCAAUAAUGCUAGGCACGUACAGAGGCUGUCUCCUAGGCAUGAUGAAAAAGAGCGGAGGCGCUCGGAGGAGAAUGUUUUAGCGUCACAGGAUGAUGCAAAACGUAGAAGAGAUGAUGAUUUCCGAGAAAGAAAGCGGGAGGAACGAGAUGUUGUGUCAAAUAAGGCAGAAGAAAGGGACCGAGAUAAGGGGAACAUACUGAAGGAUGAUGUGGACUCUACUGCAGCCUCCAAGCGGCGAAAACUUAAAAGAGACCAUACAUCCUCUUCUGAAGCUGGUGGGGAGUAUUCACCGGUCAUUCCACCACCUCCCCCACUGCUUGCAACGGGAAUGUCUCAAUCAUUCGAUUCAAGGGAAAGGGGAGACAGGAAAGGGAUGGGGCAGCAUCGGGCUGUUUAUGCGGAUGAAGUUCCAAGAAUGCAUGGCAAGGAAGCUGCAAGCAAGAUCAAUCGUCGGGAGACUGAUCAGUUGCAUGAAAGAGAAUGGGAGGAGGACAAGCGAAGGACUGAUGCCAAGAAAAAGCAUCGCAAGUAGACAUCAGCAUGGAGAGUAUUGCAAGACUUUUUUUUGGUUGGCCAGAGUUAUUGUGCACCCAUAUCAACUGCAACUAUGACGGGCUAGGGCAGGGAAGCGCAUCUGUCAUUUAGGUUUCUACUACAAUUUUUGGUAGUAGCGUGCAGACUGAUGUGUCUGAUGCAGAUGCAUGAUAUCAGUUUGGGUAGGCAAAGUUGGUCCAUUGUGGUGGUCUUUAUUGAUCAUGGAUACUGGCUAAGCCUGGAGUGUCUCUAAUGGAGAUAUCCGGUUUUGGUGUAUCAGAUCUUGACAUAUUGUAUGCGUGCAUGGCUCUGUAAAGCUUUGUGCAUUGGAACAUGCAGAUUGAACUAGAAAAAUGGGACACAAAUCCUUGUGGCACUCAGGUGCGCACAUCUAUGUGAUAGAGAUUUUGAAAUACAGAAGGAAACCCACUUGGACUUAGUGUAAUUAUAAAAUGGCUUCCUUGCAUAAUGUAACACAUUUAUUGUCCCAGUAUUUAUUACUCGUUCACAGCUCCUAAAGUUGCAUUUGUCAUCCUUCAAUGUGUCAAAUUGAUACCUGGAGUUGUGGUUGUAUACUACCUGUUGACUGUUUCAAAGCAAAAUCUGUAAGCAUUCAGAAUGAUUAUUUCCGGGGGAACCCGGGUAUUUUUCUGUUGUACGUUUGUUUUCUAACU